GGUAUGCGCUCAGCGGGGAUCGUCUUUGUUUUCCAGCAGCGCCAGUCCCAGAAUAUGGCCAAUAAUGAUGCUGAGGGGCGGGGAGCAGCGCGGUCUGCAGACCCACUGAGUCUGAGAGUCUGGCUGGGUGCCCAGGAGAGGUAGCAGGCAGCGGUGGCGGAGAUGGGCUCACACUUCUGAAUCACAAGUCAACCUCCAGUCGCUCACACCUCUGAAUCAUAUCUCAACCUUCAUUCGAAGACCCGAGGCGACUAUUUUUUUCUUUUUUUCGAGGGGUUUCGCUUGUGGCGCUCAUAAAGACUGGUAGACUGAAGCUAAAGCAGGAGCGGGAAGGUUUAUAGUUGCAUUCCGACGCUCAGCACGCCUGUCGCCUCACCUGCCUGGCCGGAGAACAGGUCCGCUGUGGUAAUAAUGCAUCCAGAUAAGUACGUACCUGAACUGGUGGCCGAGAAAAACAGCUUGGACCCCUCCUUUGUGCAUGCGUUGCGCCUGCUUGCAGAAGAGAUUGAGAAGAAUGACGGAGAUGAAUUGAGAAAAGAUGGUGACACAAAGAAAUACCUAGAUAUCAUCAGCAAUAAAAAUAUCAAGCUCUCCGAAAGAGUUCUCAUUCCAAUCCAACAGUAUCCAAAGUUUAAUUUUGUCGGAAAGCUGCUGGGACCACGGGGAAAUUCAAUGAAACGAUUACAAGAGGAGACGGGAGUGAAGAUGUCCAUCCUCGGCAAAGGGUCCAUGAGGGAUAAAGGCAAGGAAGAAGAAUUAAGGAAAAGUGGGGAGGCCAAAUACGCCCAUCUGAGUAAUGAUCUUCAUGUUUUAAUUGAAGUCUUUGCUCCACCUGGAGAGGCCUAUUCCCGCAUGAGUCAUGCCUUGGAGGAGAUAAAAAAAUUCCUAGUUCCAGACUACAAUGACGAGAUCAGACAGGAGCAACUGAGAGAGCUCUCCCUGUUGAACGGCUCAGACGAGUCGAGCAGAGGGAGAAGUGCACAAGGAAGGAGUGUACGACCAGCAACCACAAUAUCCACAGGGGGCCACAGAGGCACAGGAAGGAGUGCAGCAGCACCUCGGGGGACAGCGGCAGUGGCACACAGCAAACUUCCCACAACUGUUUUAACGAGGGAGGUACAAGCCCCGAGAGCCAGGGGGGCAGCAGGGAGUGCAGGAUACAGGCCCUCACUGUUAGCAGUCACACAUGAAUCAUACGACGACUAUGGCUACGAUGAUGGGUAUGGUGGAGAAUAUGAUGACGAGAGUUACGAAGCCUAUGACGAUAACUACAGCAAUCAGUCAAAGAGCAUCUCAGAAUAUUAUGAAUAUGGACAUGGAACCAGUGAUGAAUCCUACAACAACUAUGCCAAGGAGGAGUGGGCGACCACCCGUCCCAAUCUCAAAGCCCCAGUUUUACGGCUGACAAGAGGGGGCUACAGAAAACAUCCCUAUGGUAGAUACUGA